AUGACCGAGCACAUCAAACGCAUGGUCGCCGUCGCUUUCCUCGUGGCUUCGGUGCCCGUCCUUCUCUUGCCGGGGAAGCUCAAGACCACACUCGACAGCGAGCCAGAGGCGCUCACAAGCCAGGAGGCGGACAAGCUGGCCAGGGACUUGCUCGCCUUGGGCCAGAUGGUGUCCGAAUUGCAGGAGGAACGCGCCAUCCAUGGCACGAUGUCGGGCGCGAGCAGUGGCGAGCGCCGCAGGCUCGGCCUCGAUCGUGAGGAUCAGAAGCAGCGGGGCCCAUCCGAACAGCAGGGGGGAGCCGCGAACGCCGAGCCGCGGCGCUUGAGCGCCGCACCCACGACCCUGCGGCGCCGGGCGGUGUACACGCGAUGGGGCUCCAAGACGUGUCCAACAGGGUCCAAGCUGAUCUAUUCGGGCUUCAUGUCCACUUCCCACUACUCGCAUUCUGGCAGCGGGUACAACAUGCUGUGCAUGCACCCCAGCCCCCAGCUGCCCUCCGGCCACGACGCAGCCAACAACGAUGGCGCCCUCUUGUACGGCGUGGAGUAUGAGAACACAGGUGCCAUUGACAGGCACCACGACUACGACGCUGCUUGCGCCGUCUGCCAUGGCAGAAUGGUGCAACGGUUUUCGUCGAAUGGGGCAACGCUGAGUCGCGCCACAAUCCGUCCACGCCGAAGACGUGUUCGAACCCGUCGCACGAGAUGA